AUGAAGCUAUAUUUAAAUGAACGGCCUCGAACAUUUGUGCUUGUCAGCAAUGACUCUGCAUUGAUCGUUAGGCACCCUUCACCUACCUAUGGGAAGGAAUCCCAUCUGCAUUUGUCACGUCAAAAUCCCUCCAACAAUAAAAAUGAUCAUACGCUCACAAAAGUUAUAGUCGAGUUUGUCAAGCGAGAUCUUGUUGAUUUGUCCCGAUUUCAAGAAUUGUCCCCCAGUUCCACGCUCAUAUGUCUUUUGGGAUUCUUUAAUAUGAAGGGCAAGGUCUAUAUCGCAUUUAUCACCAAAUCCAAGAAGGUUGCUACACCCAAAUUAGGUGAAAAUAUUAGUGCAAUUGAGGCUGUGGCCUUCUAUUGCUUGAACACAGAUGAACAUGAUCAUAUGUUAUUCACAGAACAGCAGGAAGAGGAGAAGUCCAGUAACGAUUACCCUUCAGCCUCUAUGAGGAGGUUUUUGUGUAAUGGCGAUUUUUUCUAUUCAACUGAUUUCGAUAUAACUUCAACUUUACAAGCUCGAGGAUUCUAUGAGAAACGAGGCGACUUUGAUAGGAAUGAAAACACUUAUAAGCUAUUCGCAGAUUCUCCUUACUUUAAGAGAUUUUCAUGGAACAAGUUUUUGAACUCAGAGUUGAUUCAAUUUCGUAAUAGAUUGACCCCAGAAGAAACGUUGUCUUUCGACAAAUCUGGUUUUCUCGUAAAUAUCACCAGAGGAUAUGCCAAAACAGUCAAUGCUUCCAUAAAGACAAAGGAUGAUGCUUUACUAACACUUAUCAAUAAGCAAUCAUGUAAGAAAAAUGGACCUCUAUUCGGAGAAUGGGGCUCUGAUGACAAGGGAGCUGUCUCGAAUUUUCAAGAAUCGGAGAUUAUCAUUUAUACCGAAUACUUUUGCUUCAGUUAUACUAUUGUAAAAGGCAAUGUACCCAUAUUCUGGGAGGUUGAAACCCAUUUUCACAAGAAAAAUCUUAUCAGCAGGUCUGGAGGAAAAGAAAUUUCUCUUACGAGAUCCUUCGACACUAGUCAACAUGCUUUUAAGAGGCAUAUGGACCAAUUGAUGAACCAAUUUGGAGAUGUACAUAUAAUCAAGUCCAUUCCAUUAGAUCCUAGUAAUUUCAAAUCUAGCCUAGGUGAGGCUUUGGAGCAGCAUAUCGAAUAUUUCAACAAACAGAUGGCCAAAGCAGAACGUAAUGAACCUAAGGAAUACGAGAAAGAACAGGCCCUAGAUCCCGAAAUAGAGGAAGACAAAAACAGGUUUAUCUACUUUUUAAAUCAUACUGAUAUACCUUUGAGUUCUUCCACUAUUAAAAAAAAUGGCUACACUGGGGCAAAUCCAAAUAACUUGGUACAACUAGUGGUUGAGCCUAUGGUUGAACUUGGGGCAUUAUUUUAUGAUUUUACAUCCAAGUCCUACAUUGGAAAACAACUAGGUGUGUUCAGAAUUACCACCUACGAUAGUCUCAGCAAAGCCAACUUUCUUUCUAAGAUAAUAUGCCAAGAGGUUAUACAAUUGGCAUUUAGAGAUAUUGGUAUCAUCCCCGGUGAUGACCUUCUCAAUAAGCAUGCGAAGCUUUGGAAAGAGUGUAAUGAGUUCAUCAACAAGAACAUUCUCAGUUUCAUCAGUUACUCUACCAAAUUGCAAAAGUCCAGUCAAGCAUCUAAGAAGAAGAACAUUAAGUCUCAAGUGAGCAAAAGGUAUUUGAAUUCAGUUAUUGAUCCCAAAGUUAAUGAAACUGCCUUACUUAAGUUGCUUGGAAGACUUCAAGAUCAGACCCUGGUGAUAAUUCACAAUCCAAUUCAUGAUUAUAUUAUGAAAGAACUCCAAAAGAACGCAAAAUUGUAUACCUCAAGCAAAGAAAUCAAUCUUUUCGCCCUGACUUUUAACGUCAAUGGGACAAUGUACAAAGGAGAUAUUAAAGAUUGGCUUUUCCCUCCUGGAUAUGAUUCAAUGCCUUAUGAUUUAGUAUUCAUCGGUAUCCAAGAAAUUAUUGAAUUAACUGCAAGUAAAAUGGUCAAUGUCGAUUCUGUGAAUAGACAGUUCUGGGAGAAUCAUAUCAAAUGGCAUUUGAAUGAAUUGAAUCCAGAUAAAAUCAAGUAUAUGUCGUUAUGGAGUGGCCAAUUGGGUGGCUUAUCUUUGUUUGUUUUCAUCAAACUGACGGAAAUCUCCAAAAUUUCACAACUUGAGAGCAGCAUCAAGAAAACAGGCUUUCGAGGUGUUAGUGCAAAUAAAGGUGGUAUAGCUGUCAGAUUCAAGUAUGAGAGUACAGAGGUUUGCCUUAUUACUUCUCAUUUGGCAGCUGGAUUGACAAACUCCGACGAAAGGCAUCAUGACUAUAAAGUAAUCUCUAAAGGAAUAAAAUUCAGUCGUAACAAAAGAAUCAAGGAUCACGACGUUGCUAUUUGGUUGGGUGAUUUGAACUACAGGAUCAACUUGUCGAAUGAACAAGCAAAACUAUUAAUUGAGCAAAAAGACUAUGCUAAAUUGUUUGAGUUUGACCAAUUGAACCUCCAGAUGGCCAACGGUGAAAGUUUCCCAUUUUUUGAUGAGCCUGAAAUCAGGUUUCCUCCCACUUACAAGUUUGACAAUAAUACCAAAGAGUAUGAUACAAGCGAAAAGCAAAGAAUUCCGGCUUGGACAGAUAGGAUUCUCUAUAUGAGCCGACCCAAUUUGAUAAAACCGGUCUUGUAUGAUUGUGUUGAAGAUAUAAUCUUCUCAGAUCACAGGCCAGUUUUGGCAAAUUUCAAGAUUAAGAUUAAUAUCGAAAAUGAAACGGUGAAGAAGAAUUUGAGUUCCGAAAUCUACGAUAAUUAUAUAACAAAGUUCGGGGAAAUUAAUGAUUUAUUCAUCAACAACAAUAAUUUGACAUAUCUAGUUGAUUUGGAUGCUAAUGUCUUGCCUCCACCAUCAUCAGACUCUAAUAAAUGGUGGUUAGUUGGGGGAUUACCUGCUAAAGUGACAAUACAGGAAUUGAACAAAACUAAUAUGGUUAUAAAUCCCAGAUGUCCAAAGAAUCCUUUCAAAAAAACUGAAGAACCAGAGUUUAUCCAAAAAGCCCUUUUGAAUAGUUAG